AUGUCUGGCUGGCUGGAUGAUGGGAGAGCUGUGGCUGUUGUCUACUUUGACCUCAGUAAGGCUUUGGACACUGUCUGCCGUAACAUCCUCAUGGGGAAGCUCAGGAAGUGCGGGUUAGAUGCGUGGGCAGCGAGGUGGGUUGAGAACUGGCUGGAUGGCAGAGCUCUGAGGGCCCUGAUUAAUGAGGCCGAGUCUGGUUGGAGUCCCAUGGCCAGUGCUGUCCCAGAGGGACGCUUGAUUGACACGUUGAUGAACUUGUUCAUCAGUGACUUGGACGAGGAAGAAGACCACGAAAGUUGUGGUUCCAGUUCUACGAACCGCAGUACCACGGAGAGCAUGAAGUUGGCAGUGAAACCACGCCGAGUCCAACAGUCUGCUCCUCCCGACCCCGAUUUACCUCCAGGCUACGUUCAGAGUUUGAUUAGGCGUGUUGUAAACAAUGUCAACAUUGUGAUCAACAAUCUCAUACUGAAAUAUGUGGAGGAUGAUAUUGUUCUCUCAGUCAAUAUCACAUCUGCAGAAUGCUACACUGUCGAUGAGCUUUGGGACCGAGCCUUUAUGGAUAUAUCUGCUACUGAUCUGGUACUGAGAAAGGUGAUCAACUUUUCUGACUGCACUGUAUGUCUUGAUAAGAGAAAUGCUAGUGGAAAAAUUGAAUUUUAUCAGGAACCUUUGCUGUACAAAUGUUCCUUUCGGACUCGUCUGCAUUUUACUUACGACAACCUUAACUCCAAAAUGCCAUCUAUUAUUAAAAUCCAUACAUUAGUUGAAAGUUUGAAACUUUCAAUCUCCGAUCAGCAGCUUCCUAUGUUUAUACGAAUAAUGCAGCUUGGGAUUGCUCUUUAUUAUGGAGAAAUUGGCAACUUCAAAGAUGUGGAAAGCGAAGAUUUGGUUUGUCACACAAAAGAUAUGAUGGGAAACAUAACAG